CGUCAAAUUAGGGUUUUAAUAAUAAACAUUGAUUGCACAGUUAAUGUUUCCCACCAAAUCCAAUCCUCGAUCCUCUUCAACCUUCAAAAUCCAAAGCUUUCAUCUUUACUUUGCAUGAUUUGAUCCCCAAUCAAAAAAAAAAGUCGAUUCCUUUCCUUCUUGAUUCACCUCGCGAUGACUGAAGUCCUUCACUUUCCUUCAUCUCCAAGCGCCUCUUCGUCUUCCUCACCUUCCCCAUCCAAUGCCACUCUCCUCAUCACCUCCGACCAUCGCCGUAGAAGCCCAGUUCCUCCCGGAUUCCCCCAAGAUGUUGACUUUCACCGCUCAAUCGAACAACAACAGCAUCAAGAUUUGGAAGAUUUGAGACGGAGCGUCGCCGCCGACGACGGAGAAGACGGGGAAGGUCAGCAGAUAUCUCUGCUGGCGCUCCUGGUCGCCAUUUUCAGGAGAUCUCUUGUUGCUUGCAAGAGCAACCGGAGGGAGCUCUGUAGCAUGGAGAUCGGUUGGCCCACCAAUGUCCGACACGUGGCGCACGUGACUUUCGAUCGGUUCAACGGCUUCUUGGGCUUGCCCGUUGAGUUCGAGCCUGAGGUUCCCAGGCGAGCUCCUAGCGCCAGUGCAACAGUCUUUGGGGUAUCAACGGAAUCAAUGCAGUUAUCGUAUGAUUCAAGAGGCAAUUGUGUACCAACCAUACUCUUGUUGAUGCAAAACUGCUUAUAUGGUCAAGGAGGCUUGCUGGCAGAGGGAAUUUUUAGACUCACUGCUGAGAAUAGUGAGGAAGAGGCAGUAAGAGAGCAACUAAACCGAGGGUUUAUACCUGAGAGAAUCGAUGUUCACUGCUUGGCAGGGCUUAUCAAGGCAUGGUUUAGAGAACUCCCUACAAGCGUUCUUGAUGUGUUGUCCCCUGAACAAGUCAUGCAAUGCCAAACGGAAGAGGAAUAUGUCGAGCUCGUUAGGCUUCUUCCCCCUACUGAAGCUUCUCUGCUUGAUUGGGCCAUCAAUCUAAUGGCUGACGUUGUUCAGUAUGAGCAUGUUAACAAGAUGAACUCACGCAACAUCGCUAUGGUUUUUGCUCCUAAUAUGACUCAGAUGGAUGAUCCAUUGACAGCGCUGAUGUACGCGGUUCAGGUGAUGAACUUCCUCAAGAUGCUGAUAGAAAAAACUCUAAGGGAAAGGCAAGACUCUGUAGUAGAGCAAGCUCACGUUGUACCUUUAGAACCUUCUGAUGAGAGCAGCGGUCACCAAAGCCCUUCGCAGUCUUUGGCUUUUGAUCCUACUGAACAGAGUGAAGAGACGCAAUCAGAGUACAUUGAAGAUGCAGAGAAUCAGAGUCCAAGCAGCAGUGAGAUAUCAGAUGAAUCAACCUUUGAGAACAAUGCCAGGAGAACCGGGAGAGUUAGUUACUCGGAAACAGAGAGAAAAAGUAGUGUGCAAGUGAUGGCUCUGGCUCCUCCAGCUCAGUGGCCUGUGGGUAGAACGAAAGGAUUGACCAACUUGAGCCGUGUAGGUUCGAGGGUAGAGCGUACUGAAGCUUGGCGGUGAAGACAAAGGAGCAGAGCAAGCCCUUGAGGAGACUUUAAAAUCAAAUUGUUGGUUGACCUGUUUUGUAUUUGUUAAUGUUCUUUUCACGUCGUUUCUAUUCUUUUUUAUCCAUGUUCUCAGUGUGCUUUCUUUUUGUUGGACCGUUCAUACAAAUGGUUAAUCAAACUUGUAAACCAUAUUGAACCGGUCUCUCUCGGGCCUUUGACGAUGUUAUGGUGAAACAUGUUCUUCUCA